AAGGAUCCGUCCACAUCAAGCCUUGCUUGAAGAUUCCAAAAUUACUUCGUCGAUGUUUGUGCGAUCAAAAACGAAAGUACGAGUUGUAGCCUUCAUGUAUGAGGUACACUUUUGUUUAGGCUGGAGUUUGGACUGUGCUGGUAUUCAGAAUAAGUUUUCUAUCUACAGCAUCCCCUAAUACUCUGCUGUGUUUGCUGGUGAAGUGGCCUGUUCGUCGUCCCUGGUUGAAUUCAAUAUGCACAAGCGCCCUGGACAGGCCCCUGAAGGAGGGUUUGGCCAGAAUCGAGCUGCUCCAUCUGCGGUGCCACCGACUAUUCAUCCCAAUCCGCCUCAACUGCAGACCUUUGACCAGCCAAUGCAGGAUGUAAACCAGCAACACGCUCCCCAGCAGCAAUUUGUGCCAGCAAUACCUGCAAUGGCUCCAGUAUCGAACGUUCCUGCCUAUCAAUCUGCAGCUGCGAAUCCCGUCUCUGGACACGUACCAGCCGUAGUUCAAGUACCUACCCAGGCUGCACCUGCGGCAAGUCAUGCUCUUCCUGUGACAAACAACCCUCGACCUGCAACACCAGCUGCAACUGUUGCCAGUGGCACUGCUGCUGCUGCUGCUGCUCCUGCUCCUGCGGCUGGGUCUGCCCCUUCUACCACUGGCACAGUGACAGCCAUGCCUGCUGCUGGUGCUGCUGCUGCUACUUCAGCUAUCCCAGCUUCAUCCAAUAGUGCUCCUGUUUCGAAUCCUGGCCCCGCGCCUAUAGCAUCUUCAUCUCCAGCACAGGUUGUGAGCAGUGUACCAACCACCAUACCAACAUCUGUGGCCCAGUCACAUGUCGCUAUACCUGGCGGACAGCCUCAGCAAAACUUCCAGCGGCUCAAGGUUGAAGAUGCUCUAUCAUACUUGGAUCAAGUGAAAUUGCAGUUUGCUAACCAACCGCAAGUCUACAAUGACUUUUUGGAUAUCAUGAAGGAAUUUAAGUCACAGACUAUUGACACUCCGGGUGUAAUCCAGCGUGUAUCAACACUGUUCAGUGGUCACCCAGAGCUGAUUGUCGGCUUCAACACAUUCCUCCCGCCCGGCUACAAGAUUGAGCUGCGGACGCUCGACGACGGUCAGAUUUUGGCAACAGCCACGCACACGGCACAGGCCCAAGGCGGGGGCACCACCACCAGGGAAGUCUUGUCGACGAGCACGCGCCCGACUAGUCAGUUGCGGCCCCUUCCCACGUCUGCCGUGUCCGGUGCUGCUGUGUCUUCUGCUGCUCCCCGUCAGGCACCCAGCAUGUCAUCGGUGGUGACUGCCUCUGCAACGAGCGCUGCUCCCAUUGUCAAAACCGAGCCGACGUCCGCAGCAGCAGCCAGCAGCAUGACGUCGUCCAGCUCCGCGGCGCGGCCAGUGUCGUUUGUGUCCUCUGUCAUCAGCAACAUUAACGCAUCGCUGGGCGGCGGCGGCGCGAGCGUUGGUGCGUCUGCUGGCGCUGCCGCACCUCUGCCCGGAUCUGGCAGUGGAGUUGUCACGGCAACGGCCACAGCAGCCAAUGUCGCCGGCGGCAUUGCUCCCGGUGUGGCCGCAGGCGGUGGCGCUCUCUCCUCUAUGUCUGCGGCCGCAGCGGCUGCUGCAGCAGCAGGUGCUGGUACUGGUGGCGUGACGGCAACAACUAACUCUGCUGCUGCGGCUGCUGCUGGCGGUGGCUCAUCGUCAAAUGCAGCGGCCAGCGGCAACGCCGGCAAUAGUGGUAGCGAGCCGGUGGAGUUCAAUCAUGCCAUAAGUUACGUCAACAAGAUCAAGAAUCGAUUCCAGCGGCAGCCUGAGAUCUACAAAUCCUUCCUGGAAAUCCUGCACACAUACCAGAAAGAGCAGAAAAGCAUGAGCGAAGUGUACACUCAGGUUGCUCGUCUGUUUAAGAACGAGAAGGACCUACUGGGAGAGUUUGGAAACUUCCUGCCUGACGCCAGUGGUGGUGGAAAUCAACUGAUGACUUCGCUGCAGAACACGGUUGCUUCCAACAGGCCAGCAUCAACAAGCUCCAGUACAGCACCGCUCGCCACGAAGAAAUCAGAGGGCAAGGCUGGAAAGGACGUGAAGCGCGUGUCCAAGCGAGGUCCACCGACCGCCUCACCCAUGGGAGGUGCUCCGCCAGCCAAGAAAAUCAAGCCCCAGCGAGAGAUGGCGCCGAGCGAUGCGGCUCGCAUUGAUAACUAUUGCGAGUUCACCUUCUUUGAGAAGGUGCGGAAAGCGCUGCGCAAUCAAGACGUCUUUGACAACUUUCUUCGUUGUCUGACUCUCUUCAAUCAGGAGGUCCUGUCACGUGCCGAGCUCAUUCAUGUUGUCUCGCCAUUCCUAUCUAAAUUUCCGGACCUAUUUACGUGGUUCAAGCAAUUCCUCGGCCACCGUGAUGUCACUAACCUGCAGUCGGCUGCUGCUCUGGCCAAUAAGGAGCGUAUGGCAUCCACCGCUCCCGACAUUGACUAUUCAUCAUGCAAGCGCUGCGGCGUCAGCUACUUGGCCCUGCCCAAGAGCGUUGUCUCGCCGAAAUGCUCCGGUAGAAAUACCAUGCAUAAGGAGGUGUUGAACGACACGUGGGUGUCACUGCCGCUCUGGUCCGAGGACAGUGCUUUUCUUGGCACAAGGAAAACCCAGUUUGAAGAGUACAUCUUCCGGACUGAAGAUGAGCGUUUUGAGCUUGAUGUUGUGAUGGAGACUAACCUCUGCUGCAUCCGCUAUCUGGAAGCUGUGCAGCGCAAGAUUAGUCAGAUGAGCACCGAGGAGCAACACAAGUUCCGCCUGGACAGCCGUCUCGGUGGAGAAUCCGAAGUGCUGCAACGAAAAGCCAUCAAUUGUAUUUACGGCUCGAAGGCGCCGGAGAUCAUUGAGGGACUGAAGAAAAUGCCUUGCAUUGCCGUGGAGGUUGUCUUGAAACGGUUAAAGAGCAAGAAUGCCGAGUGGAGAGAUGCACUGCGAUGCUUCAACAAGCAUUGGCGAGAUCAGAACGAGAAGUACUACUUGAAGUCUCUGGAUCAUCAAGGCAUCACGUUCAGGACGAAUGAUUUGCGCUACAUUCGCUCCAAGAGCCUCGUUCACGAGAUCGAGAACGUCUUUGAUGAGCAUCAAGAGAAAGCAUCCGAUGGCUCGACAGCACACGAUCCCAGCGAGCCUCACAUGACGUUUCGCUACCAGGAUAAGUCCAUCCUGGAAGACGCCGCCUCACUUAUUAUUCAUCACCUGAAGCGUCAGACGAACAUUCAGAAGGAUGAGAAGACCAAGAUCAAGCAACUUAUCCAGUGCUUUCUGCCCGACUUCUUCUUUGCACCACGUGGAGAGCUUAGUGACGAUGAGGAACGUGAUGACAGUCCCACUGGAAAGGAUUCUGGCGACAACGAUAUCGCGAGCUCUGACAGUAACAUGUUCUACUUGAACAAUACGUGGUACGUUUUCAUACGGCUUCACCAGUUGCUAUGUGACCGUCUUCAGAACAUCUAUCGCCAGUCGGUGAUCAUUGCGGAGAGAGAAGCGGCAUCCAAGCAGAAAUCUAAGAAGACGUCCAUUCAGAACACGGCCUCUGUACAACUACAUCUGAAGACACCAACUUCCGUUGAUGUAGAAGAGUACUAUCCAACUUUCUUGGACCUUGUCCGGAAUCUGUUGGACGGCCAAAUGGAGAUCAACGCAUUUGAAGACACGUGUCGUGAGAUGUUUGGCGUGCACGCCUACAGCAGUAUUACCAUGGAUCGACUCGUGCAGAACAUUGUCCGACAGCUUGUUCUGCUGACAUCCGAGGACCAGUCUAUUGAGCUACGCAGCAUGUAUGUAUCCGAGCUUGGCACGACAUGGUCGGAGAGCACUGACUUAGCCUACAGGCAACGCUGUGAACAGCUACUGGGUGAUGAGAACUGCUAUCGCGUACAACUGUUCCGCAAAGACUGCCGUCUUACCAUUCAGCUAGUUGAAUCGGUAGACAACGCGCCGUCUGAUGAGGACACGGCAAUAUUCAAGGACUGGGAAACUUACGUGUCCAGUUUGGUCAGUACGGGCAACGAAAUGUCUCCGUCCGUUCAGGAAUCCCUGAAGAAGAAGAAGCUCUUCUUGAUGAGGAACAUCAAUAGGUCACGUCGCCUCUAUGCUUCCAAAUGCACUGGAUCAGCAUCAUCCCCGCCACCACCACCUGCGAAUGCUGACAUAGCCACUAGGGGUGAGGCUACUGCGGGUGCUAGCACGGAUGAUGCCACUCAGCGUGAUUCUGCUGCUGCCGCUGCUGCCACUACUACGGACACUGCGGGCUCCAGUACUGCCGGGGCUACUGCUACUGCUGCAACACCGGCUGUCUCAUCAGAUGCUGCCAGUGCUGGCGAUACGGCUGCCAGAGAUAGCACGUCGGGAGGCGCAGCAGCAGCGAGUGACAAACCUGUUGGAGGAUCUGCUGCCAACUCUACUGCACCUGGCAAUGGUGUAAAGCUGGAGGCAGACACUCCAUUGCCACCGUCGUCGCCCACGCCCAGUGGCGGUGCCGCCAUUGCCGCUGAUGGUGAUGCCUGUGCUGCUGCUACACCUGCUGAUAUCUCUGCUGGCAAUACUUCUGCCACCGACCGCGACGUGAAGAAUGCGGCCAGUGCCAGCAGUGACGAGUCUAGAGAGCUGGUAAAUGCGACACCCGCUGCAGCUGGCUGUGACGGCUGUAUUGUCCGCGGCGCACUGGAAUGCCGCAUCAACCUUCGCUCGUACAAGAUGCAGUUUGUGGGAGGCUCAGCUGAUCUGCUGUAUCGCCCAUACCACUCGCGUCCUGCCACUCAGAACUGGGCUAGCGUAGCUGAGCGGCGUCUCAGCCGCUUCCACCACUGGCUGGACAAGGAGCACCCUGUGGAUGUGGAAAGCGUGCAGCAGUGCGAUGCCUGGCUGAUGGGUGCCGGCCGGCCCAGCGGUGGUGCAGUGCUACCUGCGACUACAUCAUCCAGUGCCUCCACAUUAGCACAGCAAUCUACGUCAUUGUCUGCUGCUGCUGCCGCCGCCGGUGGUGACGGGAAAGCCCCUACAGUGCUGCGUACAGUGCGCCAGUGCUUGUCAGAUGGACGCAAUUACUACAUCACGCGGGAGUGUACUGAAGAAGAAAUGGACGAGACAUAGUACUGCUGGAUAGUGGUUGUUGAUUUUGUAGCGCUUACUAGUAUCAUCUUUAUGUUAGUAUCGUCCAACUGGCUGGCUGGCUGUUUGGCUGACUAGUUCACUGGUUGACUGGUUUACUGACUGGCUGGUUGGUUGACUGACUGGUUGGUUGACUGACUGGCUGACUGACUAAUCUACUUAUCCGGGCUACUGUGGUGAGUGGCCCCAUGAGCUUGCUUGCUCUAGCGUGCCUGUAUCUGUGUGUGCCUGCGUGCGUCCGUGUAUGCACGCGUAUGUCUGUGCAUGUGUGUGUCUGCGUGUGCGCGAGCACGCCAAGGCGAUUUGCAUCGGUUCUAUGUACAUAUUAGGCAAGUUAGUGCUCGCGCUGUACCCACUGUAUAGCUAUUAGUUCUGUUGCCAGUGCUGACAUUGCUGCCUGUCGGCCUGGCCCGGCCCGGCCUGGCCUGCUGCCUCCUGGCCUGUCGGCCCGGCCUGCUGCCUCCUGGGCUGUACGUGUUGCAUGGCUGUAGCCUAUACCGUGUGGUCACUGGGCUGUACGUGUUGCAUGGCUGUAGCCUAUACCGUGUGGUCACUGGGCUGUACGUGUUGCAUGGC